CUCACGCAGACAAGACCAUCAUCAUGUGGAAGCUGACGCGGGACGAGACCAACUACGGGAUCCCCCAGCGGGCCCUGCGCGGCCACUCGCACUUCGUCAGCGACGUCGUCAUCUCCUCGGACGGGCAGUUCGCGCUCUCGGGCUCCUGGGACGGCACCCUGCGCCUCUGGGACCUCACCACGGGCACCACGACGCGGCGCUUCGUGGGUCACACCAAGGACGUCCUGAGCGUGGCCUUUUCCUCGGACAACCGCCAGAUCGUGUCCGGUUCCCGGGAUAAGACCAUCAAGCUCUGGAAUACCCUGGGCGUCUGCAAGUCCACGGUGCAGGACGAGAGCCACUCGGAAUGGGUGUCCUGCGUGCGCUUCUCCCCCAACAGCAGCAACCCCAUCAUCGUGUCCUGCGGCUGGGACAAACUGGUCAAGGUUUGGAAUUUGGCUAACUGCAAGCUGAAGACCAACCACAUCGGGCACACGGGCUACCUGAACACGGUGACCGUGUCCCCCGACGGCUCCCUCUGCGCCUCCGGCGGCAAGGACGGCCAGGCCAUGCUGUGGGACCUCAACGAGGGCAAACACCUCUACACGCUGGAUGGAGGGGACAUCAUCAACGCCCUCUGCUUCAGCCCCAACCGCUACUGGCUCUGCGCCGCCACCGGCCCCAGCAUCAAGAUCUGGGAUCUGGAAGGGAAGAUCAUCGUGGACGAGCUGAAGCAGGAGGUGAUCAGCACGAGCAGCAAAGCGGAGCCGCCCCAAUGCACUUCCCUGGCCUGGUCCGCGGACGGGCAGACCCUGUUCGCCGGCUACACGGACAACCUCGUCCGCGUGUGGCAGGUCACCAUCGGCACCAGAUGAGAGCCGGAGCCUCCGGAAAACCGUGGGAUUUGUGU